UCUACAACAGUUCGCAACCUAUGCGCAAUAGUGAUAACAUGGCUCUUUAUUAUCGGGCAUCUAAUCGCGAAUUAAAGCGUCUUGAUUCAGUAUUAAGAUCUUCGCUAUAUGCCCAUUUUUCCGAGACACUUUUAGGGCUGCCAAUUAUUCGUGCUUAUCAUGAACAAGAAAGAUUUUUGAGUGUCAUACCAUCAAUUACUGGAUUAGUAAUGGCUUAUGCACUUCAAGUUAUUGCAGUUUUUAGUUGGUUUACUAAAGAAUUUGCUGAAGAAGCAAAUAUGAACUCAGUGGAACGCUUAAUUCACUACAGUGAAAAUUUGGAAGUAGAAGCCAAGAAUAUAAUACCGGAUAACAGACCGCCACCUGGGUGGCCAGCUCGUGGAGAAAUUCACAUUAAAAAUUUGGAAAUUAAAUAUAGACCUGAUAGUCCUCUAGUUUUGAAUGGCAUCUCAAUUGAUAUUAUGGCUGCUGAAAAAAUUGGAAUUGUUGGUCGAACUGGAUGUGGAAAAUCAACGUUAGCAAAGUCAUUCUUUAUACUUAUUGAAGCAACUUCUGGAAGUAUUGUAAUUGAUGAUAUUGAUAUCAGUACUAUUGGAUUAAAAGACCUUAGAAGUAAUAUUACUAUCAUACCUCAAGACCCUGUACUAUUUAAUGGUACUAUAAGUUAUACUUUUGAAAAUAAAAAAUCAGAAGCCAUCCUUUCUAUUUCAGACCAGAGAAAUGACCGAGAACCAUUAAUGCUUGACUCAUCUGUCAAAGAAAAUGGAUCAAAUUUUUUCCAAGGUCAACAACAACUGAUUGCAAUGGCCAGAGCACUAGUUCGUAAUUCCAAAUUGAUAAUAAUGGAUGAAGCUACGGCCAGUGUAGAUUUCAAAACUGAUCAUCUAAUACAGGCUACAAUUAGGGAUGAGUUUAAAGAUCAUACUGUUAUCACUAUUGCGCAUAGGUUGCGAACUGUU